AUGGAGAAACUACCACUCCACAAGGGAGAUGAGGACACCCUUGAAUCGUCAAACCAUGAUCGUCGUGCGCAUGCUAGCACCAUCACUUAUUUGGGUCGGAUCGGUUUCAUUGCGUUACUCUUCAUCGGCUACAUCGUGCUUCUAAGGCCGUCUUCACCAUGUACCCACUCAGCUCAACAGACGGAGCGCUAUGAUUAUGAGGCUCAAGAAGAUUUUGACAACUACUUACAGCUGGCACGCCUCACUCCUGAUGCACAGACACUCGAGCAAACUAAGAUACCGCUCGAGGCUCACAUCAUGAGCAAAUGUCCAGAUGCCCGGGACUGCUUACAAAAACUUAUUUUACCUGCCAUGGAAAAAAUAAGUGACAAGGUAGACUUCAAGCUAUCAUUUAUUGCUAGCGUGUCCAAAGAUUCUGAAGAGAUAGAGUGCAUGCAUGGCCCAGGUGAAUGCAUCGGUAACAUGCUCAUGCUCUGUGCGGCCAACCUUCCUUUCCCUCCCACUGCGGACGAAGCGUCUCUUCCACCUCAAUACCCAAGGACGCCUAUUAUCCGGUCGCUAGGAUUUGCAAAUUGUCUGCUCAAUGACUAUGCACGGAUUCCAAACCGCGAAUUUGUCCACCAGUGUGCAAUGGAGCAUGGGAUUGACUUUGACUCUCUAAACAAGUGUGCAAGCCAGCAGAAUGAUGAUCCGAACGAUGGCAAUGAUGGCGGACCACCACUCAGUGGCCUUGCGCUGCUGCGCAAGAGUGCGACACAUGGCGAGCAACUCGGCGUCAAGACUAGUUGCACAGUACGCCUCGACGAUGCUGUGUGGUGCAUCCGCGAUAGUAACGAGUGGAAGAACUGUGCUCAGAAUGGAGAGGGCAGUCAGCCUUCAACCCUGGUCGAUCAAGUCGAAAAACUUUGGAAGGAGAGAAACUAA